UAUUAUGCUAAUGGUUGUUUUGCUCGCCCUCGCGGGGAGCGGGGUUUAAAAGCCGGGAGCCGGGGGAAGGGGCUCAGAGGCGGAGGCAGGGCCGGAGCGCGCUUGGCACAGGACUGGACGAGACGGGACGGGCGGCGAGGGGAGCGGCGGGGGCGGGCGGCCACGCACCCACCCACCCCGCGGCGAUGUCCGACGUGCACCUUUCGGGUGCGGCGGCGGCUCCGGAGCGCUUGGCGGCCCUGCGAGCGCUGCCCGUGCCCGGCCGCAGCGCGGUCUGCAGGAGCUUAUUCGGGCCGGUGGACCACGAGGAGCUGGGCCGGGAGCUGCGGAGCCGCCUGCGGGAGAUGGGCGAGGACGACCAGCGUCGCUGGGACUACAACUUCCACACCGACACGCCGCUGCCCGGGCCCGGCCGCCUGCGCUGGGAGGAGGUGGAGGGCGGCACCGUGCCCGCAUUCUACCGGGAGACGCUGCAGGUGGGCCGGCACCGCGUUCCCCUACGCCGUGCCCCCCCGGCCCCGCCGUCCAUCGCCAAUAUCGCCGCCGCCAAAGCUCCGGGGGGGCCGGGGGCGCGUCUGAGCCGGGAGAACCGCGCCGCGCCCCGCCGACGUGCGCUACGGCCCCGACGGAGCGGCCCCACGACCCGUAUCACAGAUUUCUUCGCCAGGAGGAAAAGGCCGGCCGAGCCCAAAGCGGCGGCCGAGCGCCCCGCGGGCUGUCCGCAGCCCCCCGCCGCCGUGCCGGCUGAGCACACCCCCCGCAAGCGGCUCCGCUGAGCCAGGUGAGGAGCUCCGGGGAAGCCAAAGGGAGGGGGAGGAGCGGACGCAGCCUUAACCACGUCUCUCUCCCCUCGCUUCUAACUCCCCUCCUCCUCUUUAUCCCUUCAGCAUUUUGCACUACGGCACCCACGGGAGAGGCGCGCAGCCCGCAGGCGCCGUGCCCCGGAGUUGCGGGCAGCCGGGACCCCCCCGCACCGCGCCCGGCCCGGGACCCGCAGCGCCGCCGGAGCGGGGACGGAGCCGCAGCCGCAGCGCCCGCCCGCCGGGAGCGGCUGCGCACGGAGCAGUGUUAACGUACGAGUGUGCAAUGUGUGACGUUGUGUACAGAAAUGUAUUAUGCCUAAUGUGAGUACACUGGCCAGAAGUGUAAAGCUUUAAAGGAGGGGAGGAAAAAAAAAAAGUCAUUUAUAUGGAAAUGUUUAAUCUCUGCUGAUCUCUCAGUUAAAAAAAAAAAAAAAAAAAAGCCUAAGAAAAAAAGGAGAAAGAAGAAAGAAGCAAGUGUAUAUUUGUACAAAACUUUUUUUUUUUUUAAGAGUUAUACUAACUUAUAUUUUCUAUUUAUGUCAGAAACGUGGAUAACUGGUUGACAUCCAAUAGUCGUCUUUUUUUUCUUUGUUUGGUUUCGUUAAGCCAAAAGGCACUAUAUUUGCUUUUGUUAUUUACAAAAUGUAAAUUUAUUUUUAUAGUCGAAUUUUGUUUGGGGUUUUUUUUUGUUUGUUUGUUUUUUGUUUUUUUUUUUUUGGCCUUCACAUGAUGUAGUAAUGAACCCAGCAGUUUAUACCCUUUACUUGAAGACAAGUUCCUAUAGUUCCUGAGCCUGUCUGUUCCGCUGCCAGUGCCAGUAAUGCCACAACCUCCAAUAAUAAAAACGUCCCAGGACCCCCUGCAA